UGACAGAGCAUGGUUUGCACAUGUUGACAGAGCUUUAGAGGUCUGCAGUUCAGAUUAAAAAGAAAAAAAGAUUAGUCUGCGCCUGCACUCCAAUUCUCGUUGUCAAAAUAUGCUGCUCUAUUGCUCUUCCCAUCAGCACAGGUUUAUUCCUGUCUGGUGUAGAAAAGUCUGCAGACUUGUGUCUGCAAGGUCCUCUCUCCUGUACCCAGAGGACAUGGGCCAGGGCGCUGCAGCCAGGAAGCGCCACAGAGGGCCAAUUAAAUCCAGUGUCCCACAUCAACCUUCCACAUCUGAGGAUAUGUCAGACCGUAGGAGGCCAACCCACAGUAAAUCCUCAAAGAAAGAGAUUUUAUCAUCACAGAAGGAGAACUUUGGUGUCUUCAAGGUAUCGUCUGAGCUCAGGAAACUGUGUCUGGAAGACUUCCCUGCAGACAAGGAGAGGCAACUGAGACCAAAGCCAGCAGAGACCUGUGAAGUCGUUUUUGGCAUUGCUCCCUGUCUCAUGGCUCUCACUCAGGGGAGAAGAAAGGCUUACAAACUGCUGGUUAAAGACAGUUUGACCUCUCAGAGGACUUCAGUUUUAACCGUAUGUGAGGAGGCUCAUCGGCGAGGGGUGCAAAUCAGUCGGGUCAGCAAGAAAGAUCUGGACAAGAUGUCCUCAGGAGGAGUACACCAAGGAGUGUGCCUUCAAGCGAGUCCUCUAAGCUUCCUCACCGAUGCCAUUGAGUCCAACACACGUGGCACCAGCAUCCCAGUUUGGCUGGUCCUGGACAGGAUCCAGGACCCGAUGAACCUCGGCGCCAUCCUUCGCUCUGCUUAUUUCCUUGGUGUGGACAAGGUGAUCAGCAGUCGUCGUCACAGUUGCCCGCUGUCUCCAGUGGUCAGCAAAGCUAGCUCAGGCGUUAUGGAGGUCAUGGGAGUUUACGGAUGUGACAGCCUGGAAGACAUGUUGAGGAGGAACGUGGACCACGGUUGGCAAGUGGUUGGCACAGUGGGAGCAGAUCCAGAGGAGCAUCAGAUUCCUGUUAUCCCGUGUUCAGACUUUCAGGUGACCAGGCCGACGAUGCUGCUGAUGGGAGGUGAGGGGGGCGGACUCUCCAAGCAGCUCCUCUCCAUCUGCCAAACCCUCCUCACCAUCCCCGCCGGUAGAGAUUUGUCUCCUGGCAUUGAGUCCCUGAAUGUCUCUGUUGCUGCAGGCAUCCUGCUGCACUCUCUGCUGCUCACCAGAUCCAGAUGUUUGUCAUAGACGGAUACUAAUAAUUAGUCCUCAAUGAGCUAGUAAAAAAAAAAAAAUGUAUGAAAUCUUAAAGGAAUAAGCUGAUGAUGUACUGGUAUUAUCAUUAAUAAACCUCAUAUAUAAUUAAAAA